AUGAUAGUGAGGGAUGGCCGAAAUAAAUCAAUGAUUGAAUGGAUGAAUAGAUGGAUGGAUGGCAUAUCAUUACGUUAUCAGCAGCUAUCACAGGUAAGCAAAUGGAUGAGGGGAGGAAGGAAACACCAUCACCUCACUGUCGCCGUCAUCGUCACCGCCAUCGUCACUGUCACCGUUGUAGCAACUGCAGCAGCAGCAGCAGCAGCAGCAGGAGCAGCAGGAGCAGUAGCAGCAGCUCUACCCUAUCCGAAGCGAUGA